AUGCCUUUAUUUGACGUUAUUGGACUUGGGAGUGAGAAACUUGCCGUUGUUAUCGACAUCGGAGCAGCCUAUACAAAGUAAGAUGGUUUUGAUAUUACAAAGGUUCCAGUUCAGUUCAGUGAUCAAGGUUUCAAGGAUUAACUGUACAGCAUUUGGGUAGAGAAUUCAUUCCUGGGAGUGGUUUCCCUCUAAACAUUUACAACAGUAAACCAUUGCAAAAUGGGUCAAAAUCAAUCACUAAAAUUUUGCAAAAUAUUUCUCCAUAAUUUCUGAUCAGCUUAAGUCCCCUUGAUAAAUUCCCUAUAAGUUUGGACAUAUUCUGAUUGAGUAACAAAAAAUUUAUUAAAUUGGGCUUAGUAUGAUGUGCAGAAUUAUGCAGAUCUCAAUUCGACUAGGGUGUCAUCAACUGAGACUGACAGCAACUUUGAUCUGCAUUCUUAGCCUUAUUCAGUGAUUGUUAAUAGACCUUGUCACAGUUUUCGACGCCAUCUUGACGAGCAGGCAAAUGCGUGAGAAAUUACAGUGUUUGUAUGAGAAUCUAAUGUCGAAUAAUUUCCGUGGAACGGCUGUUCUGAAAAAAAUAUGAUUUGUAAACUAAAGCUUCACUCCUAACGAUUCUCCUGAAAAAAUUUGAGGGCGUUACAUGCACUAGAAGACCUAGAACCACUUUUUAAAAUUUUCUGUACAUUUGUCUGUAAGAAAGUCCCGCGAAAAUUACAGACAAAUAUAUGGAAAAUCUAAAGCAAGCCUCUGGAGAAAUUUAAGCACAGGUACGCCCCAAAAUUUUUUAGGACAAUCCAUUGCCUUGUAGCUUCAGUUUACAAUUGAUUUUUUUUUCAGAACAGCCAUUUUACGGAAAUUAUUCGACAUUAGAUUCUCAUACAAACACUGUAAUUUCUCAUGCAUUUGCCUACUCGUCAAGAUGGCGUGACAAGGUCUAUUACAUAAUAUAUAAAGAUAAGUGCAAAAACAUGUAGCGUACUUAUGUGUUUUUUACUGUUUUUGCAUUCCAUGGGCAGUUUAUUGGUGUUGUGAAUAAUGUGAUCACUAAAUGACACCAGUCAAGAGAUUCAAAGCACUGCAUAGUAACUAUGCCACAAAACAAUAGUUACCAACCGUCAACAGUUUCCAUAAAACCCAGACACUCCUAUUCUAUUGUUCUAUAUACAGUGGAACCUUGAUACAACAGUGGGUCAAGGGACUGACCAAAUGCAUUUGCUUUUACAAGGAUUUGUUACUGUAUAUCAAAUUGUUUUCAUAUAUUUUACUUUUUGUGGGGCAAAGAAUAUUCUUCGUUUUGCCUAGGACUUCUUAUAUGGGGUUCAUUAUAUAAUAAGGUUACUUCGUAGUUUGUGUUUGUUUUACAUCAUUUUUAUAUGUGCCUGUCAUGUUCGUACACCACAUGUAAACUUUGUUGUCUCCCUUUUAUUCAGAUGUGGUUUUGCCUCCGAGACAAGUCCCCGUCACAUCAUCCGUAGUGUACUCACACAUACCAUAAAUGGACAGGUGAGUUGAGUUCAUGCUGACAGUAUCUAUAGAAACACAACCAGUAUGCAGCCAAAUGUUAAAUGUUUAGUAUGCUAUAAAGUUAGAUUCAUAUCCAGAAGUAGUCAAUAAUUAUUAUAACAAUAUGUCCGACGCAUUUCAUGAUAGGUAUUUUUCCUGGGGCGAUGCUUUGUGUUUCGUUGCUCUUGUGGAAUACAUUUUUUGGCAUUUUCUUAGUAUUUUGUGCAUGAUAAUAUUUAACCAAUAUAAUCAGGAGUACAGUACUCGGUAGUAUUAUCGAGAGACCUUGGUAUGAGUAUGCAAUUUAUUGCCAUCUUCUUACAGUACACUUCACAUUUUUCAUACCUUGUAAGAGUCUACAGAGGAGAGCUCUUUUUAUUGGUAACUCCGAAGCUAUCUUUUCAACAGAUUUAAAAGUUAGAGGUGACCAGUUAGAUAUUUUUCUGGUGUGUGCAUGUAUCAAAAUUCACCUCAAUUAAUAAAUUGUUGAUUUUUGUUGACUUGUGUCUUAAAUUUAGACAGAGACAGUUAGUGUUGUGACCAAUGAACAAGAAAGAAACCCUGAUGAAUUGUAUGCAGUCUUAAGAGACUUUCUCCAUCAGAUAUAUUUUCGGUAAGUUAAGAAUGUAGCCUGACAUUCUCCUUCAGUCACUCCCCCAGACUAGGCACUUCCAAACAUGGCGGAUGCAUGAUUGAAUGUUAUUGUUUUGUCUAGGAAAUCAGUCCAUAAUAAUAUUGAUGCUUAAAUAAUGUAUGACAAUGAUAACAGAAAAUAAAACUAUUAGUUAAUAUUUUUUUAGUUAAAAAUAAAUAAAUAAAUAAUGAUUUUGGAGGUAGCACAUCCACAAAGUGGUUCUUCACCUACCUGAUUCCUGGUCAAAUUGGAAUUUGGAAAUGUUGGUUUUUUGAGGAGAGGGGAAAACUGGGGCACCCCGAGAAAAACCUCGCAGAGCAGAGGAGAGAACCAACAACAAACUCAACCCACAUAUGGUGUCAACGCCAGGAUUUGAACCCGGGCCACAUUGGUGGGAGGUGAGCGCUCGCACCACUGUGCCAUCCCUUGCUCCCCAUUGAGCAUCAUCAGCUCUCCAAUUUUCAGCCUUUGAUUUCUCAUAAAUAAACUGAAUUAUAAGAUACAUGUAUUAAUAAUUAUGAAAUAAAUUCAUGCACAAUGUAAGUUUAUAAAUUAAUUUGCUAUUUAUUAAGUGAUUUUUCAUUCAUUUUCCACCAAAUGAUUUCUGUGCUUAAUUUUUUUCUCAUUCCCUCUUUAGAUACCUUCUUGUCAACCCUCGAGACAGAAGGGUUAUUAUCUGUGAGUCUGUCCUCUGCUCAACUCUCUGGAGAAAUGCUAUCGCCAAAGUUCUUUUCAAGCACUUUGAGGUGAACAUAAUUAACCUUUCAAUGAAACAAACAGAAAACAAGUCUGUGUACAUUUACGCUAAAAAAUGAAUGUACUAAAAUUAUUAAAUUAUAUGAGUAGCUUGCAGUACUAGCAUCUUUUGAGAAAGAUUUUUUAAGAAAACUUUAUAGAAAAAAUAGAAAAACUGUUAUCCAUAAAAAAUUAAUCCCCAAAAGUUUAGUAAUGGCAUAAUUUACAUGUAAUUAACUCUGAAACGUCACUCUUUUGCGAAAAUGUUUUGCUGAAUAAAUAAAUGAUAAUAAAUACUGUCAUUAUUGUUGUACAUGUAGCUUUGAACAAAACAAUACAGAUAAAAAAUGUGCAAUAUAAAAAAAUGAGUUCUUGUGACAUUUUGAGGACUUUAUUGGUUAAUUUUGAAGCCCUAGUUUAUACUCGGUGCUUUCUUUUCCAUUCACCAGGUACCUUCAGUUUUGUUUGCACCUCAUCAUCUCUUAGCUCUGUUCACCCUUGGCGUACCAUCAGGUCUUAUUAUGGACUGUGGCUUUACAGAGACUGUAGCCUUACCAAUAUCCUUUUAUGAUAGACAAAUAGACGGUGUCAUCAAUAUAGCAGCAAUAAAAAUUAUGCCAUGCAUACUGCAAGCACAUCUUUUAACCAUAGUUUUGACCAUCGGAAGUCAGAGAAUAUAGCCUGUUCCAGGCGUUCAGGUGGUAGGGAGCGAAUUAAAUCGUGUAUGCAGCGAGUGCAAAAAGAAACACGAGGGAAAAAACGAGGAGAGACUUUUCCCAUCCUAUUUUUUCCCUCGUCAAUUUUUCGCCCACGCUCAACAAAUUUUUUGCCCGCUCCCCACCAUCUGAACACCUGGAACAGGCUACAGAACAUACAAUGUUUUAGCCAUAGUUUGAUAAAUUAAGUUCAUCUUCAAAGGAGUUUACAAGUAUUACAAUAGCCUGUUUCAGGCAUUCAGAUAGUUAGCAAAAAGUAAAGACAGCAGGGAAAAGUAGUGGGGAGGUUGGGAUGAGUGGUGAGGUUCCCUCUCCUCUCCCCACUCCCUCAUUUUCAUUUUUUCGCGCCCUUUUUUAAUUCAUGCCACUCCCAACUAUCCGAAUGCCUGGAACAGGCUAGUACAUAUUACAAUAAAAAUCAUCCAUGAAGUCCUUGACGUCAUGGAAUGUUUGUUGUUUCAAGACCAUUCACAACAAAGAACAGAAAAUAAAAAAAAAUUGAGGCAUACACAAAAUUGAUAAAUUCCUCAAAGAAUGUCAUCUACUAGCUUUGAUAAUGCUUCUGCCUAGUACAGUAAUACUUUUGAGCUUUGAGAAGUGCAUGUCUUGAGCACGGUAAGAUCUGCCUAUUAUUACCUUUACAUGCGUGUACUUCUGACUGUGUUUCUCUUAACACUCUGUUGCUGCUGGUAUUACGUCUUUGAGGGUACUGCUAUUCUGAAAGCUGUGCAAACCAUUCCCCUUGGAUCGAAAGCUAUUCACAAGUAAGAUUAUUAAUUAAAUAAUCCAGGACAGUAUGUUAGUGGUUUUUAAUGUUUAGUAAGAAUUAAAUCAUUCUGUUAAUACUGCUCUUUUCUAAAACUCUUGAAUUCUGAAGUUCAAAAGCCAACUAAUGUUUGCAUUUUCUACUGCCAUCAAUCAUCUUAGCAGAUCCCUUCGGAAACAUAUGUGUUUUUGAAUAAGUUCGAAAGGUCAUGGUUUGUGAUUUGUGAUUGGUGGAUUUCAAUCAGUUCUGUAUGUUUCUGUCUUUCAAGAUUCAUUGCUUGUGAUUGCAAUAAAAUGAUUGACAUCAGCAAAAAACACAAAUGUAAGCUGGCUUUUAAAUUUGAAAUUUACGUGUUAUUGAAAAGCACAGUAAUGAAACCAACUAAGACACCCGUUGAUAGCAUUUUAUUGUGUGAUGUGGAUAAUCACAUAAUAGUAGAACAAAGAUUAAUGGUUCACUGUGCUUAUUUGUCAGGCAUCUAGAAGAGCAGCUCAUGGAAAGAAGCCUUGUUCAAAUAGAAACAGGAGUAAAACCUUUGUCGUCAGUAGUGAGUGAGUGUAAAGCUGUUGUUGAAGUGUUGACCUUCAGAUAGAACAUUUAAUGGUGCUAAAAGUAAGGUUUAAAAGCUAGACAUUAAGUUGGACAUGAGAACAUUCUUUAAGUUAAACACAGGGGAAAAAAUUUAAGUUAACCACUGUACAAUAGUAAUUGUGUGAAUUCAGAAAUUUGUAAGACACUGAAUAUACAUAUGCCUGGUUACAUUAUUAUAAGAAACUUUGAUUUGUUUGGUGCAGAUCUGUAGACAAAAAUACCACACCUCUGAUCUUAACUGUUUUAAAUUUUUUGCAGACUCUCUUGGAAAUGAAACUUUAGAAGACAUAAAAGGUGAGAUUAUUUAACUUUUAUUUAAUUUAUCACAAUUGAAAGGGAAAAAUCGUUUAUAGAGUGCUAUUAAAAGGAUUUGACAAAAUCAUUUGAAUAGUGUGAAACAUAUUUUUAUAAAAAUAUCGCUGAAAAAUGUCUCUUUGCACACCCCUUCUCCCUUAAGAAAUUGAUAAGCAACAUAUCAGACCAAAACAAAAAAUAUACUGCCUCAAUCCACAUCAUUAUGUGCCGAUUUUUAUGUGCAACCUAUUUGCCAUAUUGGGUGAAAGUCUAAUGAACCUUUCUUGUACAUGUAACAUUGCAUUAUGAUUAAAAUAUCUUUUUACAAUAAUGAAAAAAAAAGUAUUAGUAAUUCAGAAUAGUCGGUAACCUUCAUGCUGUCUCUUUUGGGCAAACGAGUGGGCCCUCAGGGCUUAGGGCCGUUUAAUACAUCCCCCCCCCCCCCCCCCCCCCCCCGCCGCCUUCUGGGGGAGGGUGAGGACAAGAAAAAACUCAAAAGUAUGAAAAAUGUACACAGGGUAUCUAAGGAGGACUGGGAAAAAAACAAAAAAGACUAAAAGCUGACAGUCAUAUAAGCGACAAUCGAAAAAUUUGCAAUUUGUUUAAAAAAUUUUUUUAAAAAAAAAAAAAAAAAAAGUUUUAUAAAUCAGAAAAGUGGGUAACCUUCCGGCGUUUUCUUUUGGGAAAACGGGGGGGGCCCCAGGGCUUAGGGCCGUUUAAAAAACCCCCCCCCCCCCCCACCCCCAUUGAUGGAGUUUUCUGGGGAGGUAUAUAAAAAAGUGAAUUCUGAAGAUUGUAGGACUGAAGACCAGAUUUUCUGAGGGGAAGUCGCAAAAAAGCAAAAAAUUCUUAAAGCUAUUUCACUUGAAGGGCAAAUUUUCUGGGGGGAUAUCUGUUCAUCGAUGAAUUUUUUCUGAGUGCUUUGGGAGAAAAAAGCAUUCUGAGUGUUAGGAAAAUUUCAAAGUCCUUCAUCAAAGUAGGGUGAGCAUAUUAAAUUGAAUGGUCCUCACUUGUGUGAGUUUGGAGAAAAAUUUUGAUGGUGGAGCGGCUAAUGUACGAGAGGAACUACUGUUAGCUCUGCUGCCAAAAAUAUCCCCCAACUCAUACAACUGACAGGCUAAGAGGGUACCCAGGGAUAGGGUUUCGGAGUGCAUUAUAUUUCCAGAAAAUAAUUAUCCAUACCCACUUCACCACUUGGAAAAUUCCAGUGUAGCUUCAUACUUUCCUUUAAAAAUACUAACCUUCAAAAACUCCCCUCCCCACUUGGAUUUUCUAAUAACCCUCCACAUGGUCACUGUGGGUAUUUCUCGAACCAUGCCAUUAUUUUACUGUUUUCAGUUCGUACCUGCUUUGUGGCACCAAAGUUUAGUGGCCCUGAAGGAGAGCCACGCCCAGCUUCUUUGGUUCCAAAAGUUGACUACCCACUAGAUGGGGGCAGGAUACUCAGGAUUGAAGGUCAAAUCAGGUUAGUUAAUUUUAGAGUGCCACUUUAUGUUAUGGCUCGAAAAAAGUCUUGUCUGGUAGUCAAAGACAGGUAGUAAUUCUUGCCGGGCAAAUAACUUAUAAAGCUUACUUAACAAUAGGCAAGGGUCAUCCUCUAAGAAAUCAUUACUGCACUUUUCACAAACAUACAAACUCCAAAGUUCAAAAGCCACCUUCACAAGUUUGUUUUGCGCUGCUGUCAAUCAUAAUUACGAUCACAAGCAACGAACUUUGAAACACAGAAACACACAAUGGAUCGAAAUCCACCAAUCACAAAUCACAAACCAUGACCUUCUGAACCCGUUAAAGUAAAGUUCUGUCUCCUAAGAGGUCUGCAACGAUGAUUGACAGCAGCAAAAACGCAAAUGUUAGGUGGCUUUUAAACUUCUGAACUUUGCUUGUUUUUGAAAAGCGCAGUAACUAAGAUGAGUGAGAAGUGGCCCCGGCCAGCAAGCAAAAUGUGAGAGCUUCUUGCCGAAAGGAUAAGCUGGAACUCAAAAUUUUUUUGAACCCUCUGUUUUAUAACUGAGUCGCAGAGUUAAGGCUAAAAUCUUUUAUAAGCUAUCGUUACGCAUUUCCAGAUACAAAAACUCGGCUUUAAAUUUGGCUUUAACUGUGGGUUGAUCUUAAGGUCACGGCCUGGGGACGCCUUGGGUUUGUUGUUAUGCAUUUCUGUAAAGCAUUUGCACUAAGUACAAUGACUGAUAUCAACAGGUUCUUGUGCUUUAGUCGGGACAACUUCAGGAGUCUCAAAAUUUGACUUUUUCAACAAUUUUGUGUCCAAGAAUGCAGUGCAGAUACAAACCUUCAAAACCUGGCACUGCACAGGGUUAAAAUAAAUUGAACCUCUGCACACAUUAUUCCUAAAUAGGAUUGGCAGCUGACCUUUUUGCUAACUUAUUUUUUCAGAGAACAGACAUUUGACAUCCUUUUUGAUGGUGAUGAAGAAGAAAAAUCCCUUGCAACCUGUUUGUUAGAUUCCUUACUAAAGGUACAAUGUACUUUUCAAUCUUGUCAAUGCUGCUGGGAUAGCUCACCAAGAGGUUUUAGAAAAGAAAACAUGACAUCUUCCUCCACAGUAAUAUACCCACAUAGAACAAUGUAAUUUAUUUAGUAAUUUUUUCUUGUGUAGGGAGACUGCAAUUAUUUUAUUUGUCAAAAUAAACUGUAACAGUAAUAUAAUUUACUGUUUUACCAAUUUUUUUCUUACCUUUCGUAGUGUCCAAUUGAUACAAGAAAACCACUAGCAGAAAACAUAGUUCUUAUUGGUGGAACUGUAAUGACACCAGGUUUCAAGUGAGUAAAAUAUAUCCCUACCUUAAUCCAUUUAUAUAAAUUUAAUAUUAUUCUUAUUCAUAAUUUUGCAGGGAAAGAUGGCCCCUUCCGCUUUUUUUUUUCAACUUUUGACAUGGACCAGUUGGCAAAAACCUGUCAACACCGCUGCUAAGAGCACCUUAAAACUAGUAGAGUUGCUGAGUUUGAGAGGGAUAUUUUGACAAAUAAUGAAGAUAUACUCUACAAAGUGGCUAAUCAAAUAAAGAAUGAUCCUCGCAGUUCUAAACGCAAUUUAUGCAAUUGGAUAAGAAGCCUCAUAUUUGAUUUAUUUCAUAUACGUUUGUCAUACUCAAAGAGGCUAAAUUUUACAGACAUGUGGUGACGUGUGUGUCUGGUUGGAGCACCUUAGAUUGUAAACGUUUACGAUUUUGCAAAGGUGUACCUUUGCAUGCUUCAAAUAUAAUUAUCACUUUCAAAAUUGGCAAGUUUACUAAAAUAAUAUUUUAAGGUGCUCUUCAUAGUAAUGUUGAUACAUAUAAUUAUAUCCCCUAAUGAUAAAACUGGUCCCUAUGUAUCAGAACUUGAAAAGAACUGUGAAAGGGUUAUAAAUUGUUAAAGAAACAUCUUGCAUUGGGAUUUUGAUUCAUCAGCUUUGAAGUCAGAAAUAUGCUUUUAAAUAAAAAUGAACAUUUGGUAUACCACUCGAGACUGCAUAAGAUGUAGUGCACCAAAAUACAAGUGCUUAACAAUUUUCUUCUAGGGUAAACUUACUUUAUCAACUUACACGUAUUUCAGAAUUAUUAUUGUCACAUGAGGCCAGUUGUUUGCAGGAUCUGUUCAGCUCAGGGAAAUUUGCAGUGUUCUUCCUAACCCCCUAAAUCAGUAGAUUUAUUGACACAAUCAUUAAUGUACAGUCAAAUCCUGUUAAUAGGGACACUGAGGAGGCCAUAGAAAGUGUCCGUAUUAAUAAAGGGGCAUCCGUAUUAAGUGGGUUGAAUUUAGGGACAAUGUAAGGGCCUUCUUACCCCAGGGACAAAGCAAACUGUCCAUAUUAUGUAACCCUUUAAGCCCCAAUGUCCACAUAUAAAUUCUCCCUACUGAUCUUCAUACAUUUCUUUAAAGAAUUAGUUGAGAGAGUUUGUUAACAGAUCAAAGCAUUUUUUCUUUAGUGAUCAUUUUAUUAACUCUCAUAACCAUUUCUCUUGGCAACAUAUGGAUAUUGUUAGGAGAAAAUUGAUGUUGGUCACUAUUGGGACUUAAAAGGUUAAGCGGGUGUCCGUAAAGCAGGGUUUAACUGUAGCUCUAAACUGGUUCACCUGGUUAUUUUCACAGGCAUCGUCUCAUGCAAGAAAUCUACUGUUUACUUCAGUCCCCUCGGUAUAAAGAGAAUUUGUUCAUGAAAACAAUAAAAAUGCACCAGACACCCAUCAGUGCCAACUGUACUUCAUGGCUUGGAGGUGAAUAA